AUUUACCAUAUCAGAAGGGCAUUUAUUAUAGUAAUGUCAUAGCGGGAAGUGCGGUGAAGUUGGUCCUGGAGUUUUUCGUUAUUUUGGUUUUUGAAACAAAGUAAUCACGAUGUUGGGUCUGUUUGACGUUAUUAAAGACCAACUGAAACCAAAAUUCGGCUCCAUCUGUAUCGACAAUUGGGUCUUCAAACUCCACUAUCGAGCCACCUGUAUCAUCUUCUUCAUAGCCACGAUUCUAGUGACAUCUCGGGAGUACAUAGGCGAACACAUAAAAUGCAUCACUGACAUGAGUAGUCCCGGUUUUGAAAAAGUCAUCGAGACUUUUUGCUUCUUUACGACGACCUUCACCGUGGUCGACGACACAGAAAUGGACUUCUUCCGAUUCGGCUUCAACGGACAUAGAGGCAUUCUACCCUAUGGUGUAGGUUCCAAGCAACCCAUUCGCAAACACAUGUACUACCAAUGGGUCCCGUUCCUGCUUUUCGGUCAAGCCAUAAUGUUUUACCUCACCCAUCUAUUCUGGAAGAAAAUGGAAAACAACCGAAUCCAUAAAUUGGUCACAGGCCUCGCCAACUCUAGGUUCGCCCUCCUCGACAAAGAAGUGAACAUCGACCACCACUCAAUCCCCACCAAAGAGAACAAGAAAGCCUGCAUUCAAAGAAUUCGGGAAGAGUUUCUGCAGCGCAUCAGACUGAAUAAAUCGUGGGCGUGGUGGUUCAUGUUCUUCGAAGUACUCAAUGUGGUACACGUAGGGUUCCAGUUUUACGUCACGAACAAGUUUUUGGGUAACCUGUUUAGUACUUUAGGGAGAGAUGUGGUGCAAAAUGGGUCCAAGGUUCUGGAUGAAGUUUUCCCAAAGGUGACGAAGUGUACCUUCCACAAGUACGGUCCGUCAGGGUCCAUUCAGGUUCAUGACGCUUUGUGCAUCAUGGCGCUUAAUAUAAUCAACGAAAAAAUCUACCUGUUUUUGUGGUUUUGGUUCAUGAUUUUGUUUGGGGCGUCGUGCCUUAUUGUGGUUUGGAGGGUUUUGAGUAUGUUUCUUUACUCGAGAUCAGUAGGGUUCAAUCAGAUCAUUUUUGGACAUACUGCUCGAGGGAAGUUGUACCCGUGGCACCUCCAGAUGGUUAUCAAACGCUGCAACUACCCAGACUGGCUACUCCUUAGAUACCUAUCAAAAAACAUGGACGGGUUGGCUUUCAAAGAUUUGUUCCUGAACAUUUACGAAGAACUGGAAGAGCGGAAACCGCUAUUUUAGUGUGACUGCACCAAAGAUCAUCUCGUUUAUUUUUAUACAUGACUUAAGUAUUAUAUUAAGUACUUAAUUUUUAUAUACUCGAAUUUUUACAAUAAAGUCUUGUUUGCUCUAUCUAA